AUGAGCUCCGUCAUCCAGGUGAAAUCCCGUUCAAACUCAAAGGAGAGAAGACAGAGUGAUAAGACAUCACUUGAGGACGACGAAACGCAAUGCCCUUUCGCCAUCCAUUUUUGCCCAGUAAAGGGUUCAACUGAAAGAAUAAAAAGACAUUUGCGCGAUGACAGAACAUUACACCUGGUGCUUCUCUGUAAAUCGAUUUGCCACCUUCGAAAUGUGAGAGACAUCCUACUAAUUCAAAACAUGAACAACUUGGAGUUUUUGGAAAACAAAAUAGCAACAGCCACUUGUGUUUUCAACAGAUUCAACUCACAACAUAUUUUCCAUGUGAGCCAAGUGGAGAAACACAUCAAAAAUUGUUUGAAAUCACUCGAAUUCAAAGAAAUUAUUGGACAGCCAUUCGAAUCACAUCGAUUUGGAUACAAACUCGUGCCUAUCAUAGCACCAUACGCAGAUAAAGACACUGAGCAAGAAUAUCUGUCGGUAUCAAUAGCACUAAUCAGAGGGGACUAUGACGCAAUCCUCAAAUGGCCAUUCCAAUUCCCAAUCAAAUUUACGAUCGUAGGCGCGAAUAAAAUGUUUGAAAAGCAUGUGUCUCCGCGAUUCCCUGAUGAUGAGCCGAGGCUUAAGAGACCUCUUCGCGAAAGAAACAGCGCGUUUGGAAUCAAGAAUUUUCUUCUUUUAAACGAAAUAGAACAGUUUACAGUCCAUAACGACUUGUUCAUCAAAAUCACCGUCGAGAUAACGUCCGAAUCAUGCUAA